AUGUUCUGCUCGUCAGUAUCCAACCUCGUCAUUGCGAUCGCGUUCUGCAGCCUAAACACUUUAGCUGCGCAAUGUACAGCUCCAGCACUCCUAAACGCGCAAGAAAAUAUCUGGAAGAGCCGAGCAUUGCACCCAACGUCACUAUACCAACAAAAGAUACAGGAAGCCAUAACAGCUAUCAAAGAUGAAGAGCUCAAGAUCCAAGCGUCUAGAGUUGCUGAUUUCGGGACCUUUACAUGGAUAAAAUCGUUAGAAGACAUCCGAGCGAUAUCCUCCAUAGCAGACGAAGUGCCAUGCGAUGAGAUCCUUGGAUUAGUCCUCGACCAUCUCCCCUAUAAGAACGCAGCACCGGACGGCUCCUCACCUCCAUACGAUGCAUACACAGAGGAUGAGUAUAAAUCAUUUUAUAUCGAGCCUCUUGCGACAGUAAUAAAAGCACAUCCCACCACGGCCUUUGCAGUGGUCGUCGAACCGGGCGCGUUUCCUCAGUAUUUCAACGCGUCAACAGGAUCAACAAUAUCCGUGCACUCCAUGAAUCUCCUACGCAGCUACCGCGCGAACAUCCCUGUCGCUUUGCAGGGAUUGAAUCUCCCAAACGCAAUAUUCUAUCUCGAUGCAGGGCACAGUAACUCGCUAGACUGGUCCUAUCUGCGCAACCACACGGCGGAUUUGUUCGCAGAGAUGUACAACAUCUCAGGACGGCCAGCACAGAUGAGGGGUUUCGCGACGAAUGUUGGGAACUGGAAUGGGUGGGAUCUCUCACCGGGAGAAUUCGCCCACACAGAGGAUAGCAGAGACAUACGUCCCAGCAACGAGAAGAACUUUAUCCAUAUCCUCUCUUCAACCCUUCAGGCUCGCGGGUUAUCAAUGCACGCUAUUCUCGAUACGAGCCGCAACGGCGUAAUCGGGCUGCGAUAUUCGUGGGAUGAGUGGUGCAACGUCGACGGCGCGGGUCUGGGAGUUCGACCGAGCGCGGAAACAGGCGAUGAUGCCGUUGAUGCGUUUGUUUGGGUCAAAAGACCCGGCGAGUCGGAUGGCGUGAGCAGUGAGAGGGGCGGGGAUGAGGUAGGAUGUGCGGCGAGGAGCGCGUUUCGACCAGCGCCAGAGAGAGAUGAUUGGUUUCAGUGGUUCUUUGAGAUGUUGGUUAGGAAUGCGAAGCCGAACCUGUGA